GAGCCGGGCCCGCCCCGCGCCGGCGGCCGCUCAGUGCCCGGGCAGCGGCGGCGGAUGCGGCAGUGGCAGCCGCGGCUGCCGCAGGAGCGCGAGGCGGCGGCGGCGGCGCGCGCGGCGCCUUCCCCCUCCCCCCCCCCACCCCCGACAGCCGUUGGGGUCCCCAACGGUCGCCUCGCCUCGGCCGCGCCGACCGUUAAACCGCCACUUCCGGCCGGCCCCCGCCCCCCCACUCACCUCGGCGGCCGCGGGGAGGGGGCGGCCGGGCCCGGCGCCCGCAGCGCGAUGAACUCGCUGCUCUUCGGCGAGAUGGCGCGCGCCUUCUCGGCGGGCGCGGCGGCCCCCGGCGCGGCGUCCUGCCCGCUGGGGCCCGGCGGCGGCCCCGGGGGCCCGGCGGUAGCGGCGGCGGCGGCGGCGGUGGCGGCGGCGGGGGGCCCGCCGGUGACGGCGGCGCUGCGCAACGACCUGGGCUCCAACAUCCACCUGCUGAAGGGGCUCAACGUGCGGUUCCGCUGCUUCCUGGCCAAGGUGCACGAGCUGGAGCGGCGCAACCGGCUGCUGGAGAAGCAGCUGGCGGCGCAGCAGAGCGAGCGCGACCGCCGCCUGCGCUACAAGACCUUCUCCCGCGACCAGGCCGUGCAGACGGACGCGGUGCCGCCGCAGCCCGGCGCCGCCGGCGGCCUCUCGCCGCCGCAGCACUACAGCCGCCUGCCCGGCACCAUCUGGAGCUACACGCAGGUGCGGCGCACCGGCGGCGGCGGCCUGGAGACGCUGCAGGGCCCCGGCGUCUCCUGGGUGCACCCGGACGGCGUCGGCGUGCAGAUCGACACCAUCACGCCGGAGAUCCGCGCUCUCUACAACGUCCUGGCCAAAGUGAAGCGCGAGCGCGACGAGUACAAGAGGAAAUGGGAGGAGGAACUGACUAGAAGGAUGAGCCUGGAGUCCUUGGUCGAAACCUUGCGGGAGGAGGCGCAGGAAGCGGAAGCUCUCCAGGAGGAGCUAAACGAAAAGAUUGAGAGACUGAAAGCAGAGCUGGUUGUCUUUAAGGGUCUGAUGAGUGAUCCCAUGACAGACCUGGACACAAAGAUUCAAGAAAAGGCCAUGAAGGUGGACAUGGACAUCUGUCGGCGAAUCGAUAUCACAGCCAAGCUGUGCGAUGUAGCGCAGCAGCGCAACUCUGAAGACGUUUCCAAGAUAUUCCAGGUGGCUUCCAAGAAGAAAGAGCGCAAGCUAACAUCUGACGACGACCUCUCUGAGCAGGAUGGGGAGAACGGCAGGUUCUCUGACGACGAAGUCAGCUGUUCUUUGAACAUCACGGAUGAAAUGAAGCGCAUGUUUAAUCAGCUGCGCGAGACCUUUGACUUUGAUGACGACUGUGAUAGUUUAACAUGGGAGGAGAAUGAGGAAACCUUGCUUCUCUGGGAAGACUUCACAAAUUGCAACCCGUCGAUUGACCUCCAAGGAGAGGAGGAAAACCUGGGAAACUUGAUCCAUGAAACAGAGUCUUUCUUUAAAACAAGAGACAAAGAAUACCAGGAAACAAUAGGACAAAUAGAGCUGGAAUUGGCUACGGCCAAGAGUGACAUGAAUCGCCACCUUCAUGAAUAUAUGGAAAUGUGUAGUAUGAAACGGGGCCUGGAUGUACAGAUGGAAACCUGUCGUAGACUUAUUAAAGGCUCUGCUGACAGGAAUUCUCCGUCUCCCAGCUCCGUAGCCAGCAGCGACUCAGGAAACACAGAUGAAAUUCAGGACGAGUUGGACAGAGAGGCGGAUGUGGAGCCCAUGGUCAGCUGAUACGUAAUGGGAGCGUUCCAGUGAAAGGGAAAACUUGAGAAAAGAUUAAAAAACAAUACAUGGAUGGAGGAAAACAAAAAGACUUUUAAGCCCAUGCACAGGGUUUCUAAGGACUCAUUCCUACACGCAUCCCCACCCCACCCAAGGAUUGGUGCUGUAAAUUUCUAUUGUUAUACAAAUCAUAAAUGCAGAGUCCUGUAAGAAAACAUGGUGUUUUAAUUGUGCCUUUGCCCCAAGCUGAGCCACUUUGAGCUCCAGUGGAAUAUUAAUAGCAGGUGUUUUUAUAAAAAAUAUUAUAAAAAAAAUCUGGCAGCAGCAGCAGAGAUUGGUGCUGCAAAGGCUCUGGGUAUUUCAAUAAGCUUACGGUUUUAUUGAACUGCUGCACUGAUUGGCAAAAGGAACACUGGCAAAUUGAGAAGCGAAUCCAGGACAAUUAAGGUAUGAUUAAAAAUGUCUGGCAUAAAAAAGAAUGCCUCCAAAUUGAACUGUAAACACUUAAAAAUAAUAGUGGGUUUAGAGACAGCUUUUAGGAUUAAGCAGUUAUACAGUAUUUAAAGGAAUUUCUUCAUUCCCUCUUUCCGGGUGAAGGAGCUUUUGAGAUCUGCACAAGCUUCCUGCUAAACUCGAGAAUCCGACGAAGCAGGUCUCAGCUCGGCGGCAAAGCAGGUGGCAAACGGAGGGUUCGGUGGGGUGGGAAUAUCACUGAUAAACUACUAUGCAAAAAAAGCUCGCCUUAUUUAUAUGGAAUGUUUGGUCCUUGCUGGGCUGCAGUUAUCUCUUGGGGAAAGGAAAGCUAAAACCACAUUUGCACAUGUUAGUUAUCCGUAGAGCUUCCUUUGAGGAGGAAUGUCAUGUUACAACGCCUUUGUUUCCAGUGAUUGGAUUAUGAGGGGAAUCAGCCCCUCGGUUCCCGAGUAUUUUCCUUUCUUUUUUUUUUUUUUUUACUGUAAUGUUUGCAGAUUUUACUUUGCUGACAGGGAGAUAACUACAUUUUUUGCUGCUUUCAUGAUGUGUAGAGUGGGAUAGUGGGAGCGUCAGGAUCAACUGACAUGCCAUGCUAUGGAUGUAGGCUCGAGACGUGACUUUGGGAGACGUCCAGACCACUGUUCUUCAGAGAAGCUGAAAAUCGGAAAAUACUGUAAUCCUUUUUAGGGCGUAGUAAAAUGAAUCCCAAACUACUGCUGUCCUAGAAUUAGGGAAGAAGAGCCAUGUGCUUUCUCUGUGAGAAAGUGAGAAGACCGAGGCUUUAUUUCUCAAUCUCUCUGUAUUUUUGAAACCAGAGAAAGCAGCAUCGAAAGUCUGAUUACUCGGUGACAGAGGAAACUCUGGCAUGAAGAGGCUGUUUAUGGUUAUUAAGGGGAGUUGUUGCACCUCAACCAGGUAAAAACAGGGUGUAAACCUAAGCCAAUACACUUUUAUUAUUAUUUUUUCAGGCCAAGAUUGAAAGUACGGUUAAUACUGCCUAGAAGUUACUGUAUAGUUAAUUAGCACUUGCGUGACUUGAGUAUAAAUACCAAAUGUAUUUUUUUCCUGCCAGAAGAUGUAGAAACUGUUAGGGAGGAGCCGUGCUAAGGCCGGGCAGGAUGAAAGCACCUUCUCAGUGUUUUGUGGAGCUAAAAUGGCCAAUCUUUAGCUUCCCGAGUUUCAUUUCCAAGCCUCUCCUAUUUAUUGAUCAGAAAUCAGUGGGAUUGCUUUGUAAGCGAGCAGCCGGUUCAGAUCAGCGCUGCUUUCUCCCCGAAGGAGCCCGGGCGUUGCGGCAGAUGGUGGGUUUCCAGAUGGUGGGUUCUCCGGCUGCCCGGAGCCCCCAUCUCUGCCGAGAUCCGGCUCCUGCUGAGACACGACGGUGCUUUCAGGCCGCGCCGGUCGGAUGGGCUCCCCGUGAUUUGCAGAGUGAGCGAUGAUCCAUCCGGAUCCGCAGUGAUCCAUCACCGACUUCCGUCCACAGAAAGGGAUUCCAGGGUAUUCCUGGGGUUUCCUCGCUGCUGGAAAUACUCAGUGCAGAUAUUCAUAGAGUAGCUGGUAACUUCUUGGUUCUUGUGUUAGUUAGUGGCUUUUUCAAAGCCUGUUUCAUCACGUAGGCAUAUAUUACUUUCUGAAAAAGAAACCUUAUUCCAAAGCGCUCAUUCCUGUUAUUUUUUAUGUGGCCAAAGUGGUAAAUGUUACGUUCGUUAAGGCUGCAGGUUUGGGGUGGGUGGGCAGGGGCGAGAAAUAUCCGUUGGGAUAUUUCUCCGAGGGGAGCGGGGCUGCAUGUUUUUCCUUCGCGUAUUCUUAAGGCGGUCGAGCCUGUUUGAACUUCAGCUGCUAAACGUGUAGUUUCUCGCGAGGCCGAGAAACCGUCUGCCAAAGCCAAACGUCUGCAACGCUUCGGGGGCCUUUGGUGGAGGCACGGGUAAGCGAUCAGCCUCCUCGGAGGCUCUCCUCCAGUUACCGAGGGCUCCUUGGGACUGGGGGGACUGAGCAAUUUGAAGAGCCGUCCAGCUUAGCUGCAGGGGGGUUUUUUAUUUUGAAUUUUUUCUUUAAAACUCAGUGUCCUAGCAGGGAAAAGGCUGAGUGUUCCUGAAACUAGUAGCUGGUACGUCGAGGUAGGAAAGGAUCCUCGGUUUGACGGUGUGAGCCAAACGAGGGAGCGGAUAUUUAGCUGUCAAAACAAGUUACCUGUAACCUACAGUUUAUCUCAUAGCCAUAAUUAUGAGGAGCAUCUCUAAGGGGGUUGCGUUUGCUCGUACGUAUAAGGGAUGUGGGACUAUAGUAAAGAGUAUAGAAAUAACGUGUACGAUGGUGAUGUGUAUGAUGGUGACUUACCAUGGUUGUUGGUGUCUGUUUCUUAUAACCGUAUGUAAUCCACUUUAACAAGAGAAAAGAUGUUUUUAUACCUGGGAUUGGGGGGUUAUUUUCAUCUAGGCUGUAUAGGACUUAAUAGCCGGUGGUCAACCUUCUGGCGGUCGCCAGGGUUGGUCCUCGAUAGUUUCCGUAGCACGUUUCUGGUUAGGUUAGUGUGAACCGAUGCUGCUGAUUUACCUGACAGUGGUCCUGUUCUGCUUGCGCUGAACCACUCUGUAGCAACCAGAUCAAAAGCUCGCCAGAAAAAAAUCGUGAAAAUGCUGGAAAUGAUUUUGAUGACCUCUUUUUUUUGUUGUUGUUUUUUCCUUUGUAAAGCUGUAAAUACUUUAUUUUUGUUUUCUAUUCUUAAUGCGGUGUCAUAUUGACACUUUUUUAGACUUCUAAUCAGAAAAUCCUCCUCAUUGUUUCUCAUUUUUUAAAAGGGGAUUUCAAGGAAGCAAAUUUUUUUGCUUGUUAGCAGUGUAAUAAUAGAUCAAAUUACUAAAAUGGAUUUGUACAAAAUGUUUUCAGUACACAAAUGGCAGUCGCUUUUGUGGAUGCAUGUUGUUCAAAACCGUCCAAAGAAUCAUAUGAUACAACCAUUUUUCAAGGAUUUAGUAACUACCGUGUUAGUUCAGACGACAAAAUUGUUUUAGGAAGUUUGGGGCAGGGGGACGUGAUGGAAUUGAGCUGAGCUAAACGUGUGAUGUAUUUAUGAAUACCACGGUAUGUAUUCUGUUUUUAUUAGAGGUUUUUAAAGUGCAGAGGGAUUUCUGUUAGCAAAUACGAUUGCGCCCUUGUGAAAUACCUUCUGCUUUGAUGAGGCUCCAGAUUCACGGUUUCACGUGAUGCCGCGGAAAGGGAGCGAGAGCGGGGCAAAGCCUCGGUUGCCGGCUUGGCUGUAGCCGCUGGGGUGGCCGUUUCCCUCUAAUAAGAGAUGUUCUGGCAUGAUUAUUCCUGCCAGCAAAAAUGCCACCUCCGUCACCAGCCCGGGACGGGCCGAGUAAAGGCGAUGGUGGCCGGUGGGUGCCCGCAGCCGUACCCCGACUCUGCAGCCUCCGCCAAGCAGCGAUUUGCCGGUGUUUCCCGCGGCUCCGAAAGGCAAGAAGAGCGUUUGCGCUCUUCAGUGUCACAUCCCUGCUUAGCUCUGGUCGGCUGCCGAGACGGACCCGGCUUUUCCCGCGCCGUGCCGUGUGGUCUCACGCCCCGAGGAGGUUUUUCGGUGUUUUGCUUCGGGACUCCUGGGUUCGAUUCUCUUGCGCUGCUCCGGGACUCGGGUCGGAGGGGAACGCGCGGCUUUUACCGUGUUUCCCCCCAGCGAUCAGUCACCGAAAUGCCUGGCUGUGAGCUUUAUUGAAAGGGAACUUCUCGAGUUUGGGUUUUAAAUGAGAACAGAAAUCGCCAGUCGAGGCAACGCAUCGUAUCCUUGCGUUGAAAAUGGUGUUUUAGGUUGAACUAGAAAUGCUACCUGCCAAACUGCAUUUCACCCCUUCCCCUCGCUGCUGGCGAGGGAGGGGAACGCUGCAGGCUUGACCACAAGUCCCUGGCAGAGUAGUGGAAAAAAAACACGCUUUUUUGGUCUGUUUUUGUGUGUCGUUCAGUGUCUUGAGACUCUUCUGCGCCCGCAGAAGCCUUUCAAGCCGCUUCUUUUGAAGGAGCAAAGGUUGUAUGGUAAGAAAUGGGUGUUUAACGAUGCUUCUCGCAAUCAGGAUUCCCUGCUGUCUAACGCGAGGCUGUCUGAACUGACAAUCCCCGAGUAGGUUUAACCUAAAAUCCUAACGGUGUUUUUUUUUUAUUAGAAAGGGUUUGGGAUGAUAAAAGCUUGGUCACUAGGCACGCUUCCUGCAUAAUGUGGUUUCACCGGGAGAAACACGCAACGUAGUCUUUGAAACACGGUACCUGUGGCUAAAGCGUACGUAGCUCAGUUCUGCCAAAAAAUGGUUAUUUAUUCUUUAAGGGGUUUAAACGGAGGGUGUCAUCUUUCCCCAUGCCACGUCACUCCCUCUCCGUUUCUCCUAGGUCAUGUAAGACUUUGUUUUAUACACCUGACAACAGACUACUGAUCAGUGUGGAAACGAAACUGUUUACCGUACCGUUGUAAAUAUUGUGCUUUAUAUUCUGUAUAUUAGCUUCUUUUAAAGAAAAAGACUUAGCCGAUAACGCUAUUUGAGCUCUGGUGAGGAAAGGGCCAAGGAUGAACCAGCUCCCAAGCAUGCCGCUGCAGAGCUGCGGUCCCCUGCCCCGCGUUCAGGUUUAGAUCAACUUUUUCCGCCUGGAAAUCCGUCCUCAGUGUUUAAAAGCGAGCCGAGUGUUGCAUGCACUCAGCGGCGGCGGAUCUGAGAGCGGCAAAGCCUUCAGAAAGCAAAUGUUUUAGAAGCGGUGCCGAAAGUGGUGCCGCGAGAGCCGGGAGCAUCCGAAGCCCCGCGAGUUGCAGUGGAUUUAUCUCCCUUUUAGUGCCAAAAAGCAGCCGCCCCCUUCGAGGGCUGGGCUCCCCGUGCCCCCCCCCGGCCCCCCUCGCUUCCGCGGGGCGCCAGCCCAGCGCCGCAGCCCCCCGCGAGCCGCCGGGGCCUGGUUCAUCCUUGGGGGCCCGGUUCAUCCGUGGGGGCCCGUCCGUGACCUCCGCGUCGCGAACCGAACGGGCUUCUCCGCGCGCGGGGGGCGUUCGGAAGCUUGUCGAUGAAAACGGGUUACAGCGAUUCUCUGGUUACAAGGAACAAAACAAACAAAAAAAAAAUUAAAAUAAAUGCCAAACUCCUG